GCCUCUGCAGCUAACCUGUAUGUAGGGUCUUCCCCUAUUUUUUUACAAACACCACAUAUUCCUCGUGCUCUUUUAUUGUUCCUCUCUCUCUCUCUCCUCCUUUUCUCUCUCUUAAUUUAUUGUGCCCACAUAUUUAUAUAUAAACCACCACCCUUUGCCCCCUCUCAUCUCAUCUCAUCCGCAACUAUUGAUGCAAAAUUACCUUCAACUUCUACACACACUCUAACCCUCCCCCUUUCAUCGCCGGAGACUAAUGGCUUCCUUUGAGAUUGUCGAUUCCGGCAGAUUUGCCGGCGGCAGGUCUAAUUUCUCGCAGACCUGCAACCUUUUGAGCCAGUAUUUGAAGGAGAAGGGCAGCUUUGGCGAGCUCACGCUUGGCUUGACUCCUAGCUCCGAAAUCAAAGGGGUUCCUACGGAGACGAUGAAUUUGCUGUCGGUGAUCGAGAGUUCCGGCUCCAGAAACCCCCACUCGCCGGCGGCGGCGGCUUUUCCUGGCGGUAAAAACGAGACACAGGAUAUAUCGAAGGUGGAGACUGCGCCGUUGACGAUAUUCUACGCCGGGCAGGUCAUAGUUUUCAACGACUUUCCGGCGGAUAAAGCGCAGGAGAUCUUAGCGUUAGCUAGCAAGUUGAGCGCCGCCCAGACCCACCCCAACGCCGCCUUUGCUCCGCCCCAUGCCGUCCAGAGCCCCGCCGAGUCCGCCUCCAGCGUUCCUAACUUUGUGUCAGCCCAGCCGGCUCUUGAUUCUGAUUUACCCAUUGCCAGGAAAAACUCGUUGGCCCGGUUCUUGGAGAAGAGGCGAGACAGGAUCACCGCAAAUGCGCCGUACCCAGCCGUAAGAAAGGCAACGCCGCCGCCUCCGAAGGCGGAGGCGUGGCUCGGAUUGGGUCCGUAGCUUCCCUUCCAGAUUCAGCGCAACUAGUGAUUAAAUUGAAAAGAUUGUUAGUAGAGUAUAAUUUUACUGUUUAUCCGUUCGUUAAUUUGUAGCAUAGUAGCUUGACUCUUAACUUUGUAAGCCAUUUUGGUUCAGAUUCAACACAUUAAAUAUUACUCCUAUAGUCCUAUAUUAUUUUCUGAGGCA